GUAGUGGAAAAAGAAAAGUAAAUAGUGAAAAUUAAUAUUGGAUAUUAUGUGUUGUUAUUGCGUCGUUUUCGAGCGGUUGUUCUACUGAGAAAUAACGUUCAUGUGAACAGAUACGACUCCUUUUGUUUCUCAUUAUGAGUGAAAAAACGCCGAAAGCUCCUUCAGGGGCGGGGGCUUCGGUUCCGCAUAAAAUGAGACUUUAUGCUACGUGGGUUGAUCGAACUCCGGCAAAUUGCAUACCCAGGUUAUGCUCGCUAACUCUAACGAGAUUAGUAAUACUCAGACCGCUGGGUUCUGAGACGCCCUGCACCGUCUCCAUAGCGGUCAAAAUGCAAUCCAGCAAGAGAACCCUGCGAUCGAAUGAGCUGGUUCUGAUGCAAGGCGGCCUGCUGGACGCCCCGUUGGACGUGACGUUCUGCCUGCAGUACCCCCAUUUCCUGAAAAGGGAGGGCAACAAGCUCCACAUUCUCCUGCAAAGACGAAAGAGGUACAAGAAUCGCACGAUGCUGGGCUUCAAGACGCUAGCCGAGGGCGUCAUUCGAAUGGAUCAGGUGCUGCAAAAGCAAAUGGACAUCGAUCUCGAACUGAUGCCGGACACCAACAGCAAAGACAAGUCGUCGGGCCCGCUGGCCCGGCUGACGGUGCUCCAGCUGAGCUCGACGCCCGUCGAUCAGGACCACAAGAUCCGCGACCACGAUUUCAGCGACGACGAGGACGACAUCAGCUCGGGCGAGGAGGAGGCCGUCGACCUGUCGGACAGCGAGCCCAUCAGGAAGUUGCCGCACACCAGGCACAAUCUGAAGCAGCGGUUCGUGUCGCUGUUGAGGCGGUUCAAAGUGCCCGAUUCCGAAGGAGGAAGAGUGCGCGAUUGCCUGGACAAUCCCAGCGACAUACAGGCCCUCUUCCAAGAACUGGAAUCGCUGAGCUGCGAUGAAGAUUCGGGCGGCGAACAGGACACCAUGUCCAUAUCGAGCACGCCCAAGCCGAGUUUACGUCCCUUUUUCAGCAGCAGUCGAAGCCUCUUGGACAACACCACCGUUCCCUUCGUCGAGUCCGAGAAAGCCGAAGAGAAAACCUAUUCGGGAUCGGACGGGAACGCCGAUUUCUGUUUCACCGAUCCGGAGGGUCAGAGCGAUCCGCAAACGGGUUCGCCGCCCCGCGAACAAACCGCCUCGUUUCGCAAGCACAUCGGCGACAACGAAUUCAGCAACAUCAUGCAGGAGCUGAGCGAACGCAAGGCGAAGCUGUUCCGAUCGUCGACGUCGUCCGAUAAAAAGAAGAAGAACUCGCUGAGCGUCAGUUCGGAACCGCCCGCGGAAACGCCGACGUCUCGAAAGGUAUUUUUAGAAUUGGUAUCGAAACUGUUGCCGAGCGAAGAGACGGCGCUACCCGAAUGCGUCGUGUUUCUCACCGGGCCCGACGCCCUGACUAUACCGUUGGCGGCGAGAUUGGGCGGGCAAUACAGGGUGUUUCAACCGCUGUCGUCCGUCGAGACCAAGGCUGUGCUUUCCGCCGUCUUCGGUAAAAUUCACAAGUAUUGCAAUAGCUGCGCCAAGCCGGGCACCUUCGUCAAGCUGCUGCUGAUCGGCGGCGACACGUUGAUCGGUUGGUUCGUGCGACCCUACGUCGAGCUGUUGUCGAGCAAACCGUCCGAAUGGUUGUCGUUCACGCGCGUCUACAUAGUCCCAGCGGGCAAUUGCAGCAUAUCGAGAAACCUGUCGACGCUCGACCAGGGCUACCAGUCGUUGUUUCCCAACGAGCAAGAACUGAAAAUCGACGAGCUGUCGCAGCGCUUGCACCGUUACCUGGGCGUACCGACGACGGCGCCCGUCGCCCAAAUACCCAUCGGCGAGGCGAUGCUGACGUGCCACGACGAGAACAGCCAGUUGUUCAUACCGUUUAUCAGCGAGGUGAGAGUGGGACCGGCCGAUCAUUCGCAAUCCGUUUCGGUCGAUUUGGACGAUUUGAUAUGCUCGAGUCCGCCGGCGCCGUCGCUGACGCCGCCGUCGUCGCCCAACGUGCAGGCGAGAGAGUCGCCGUGGGAGCCGCUCGAACUGCAAGUCGACUAUUGGCAAUUGCCGAAGUUCGGCGAAUCGAUCAUCAAGACUGAGAAGGACAAGACGAAGCAGGACGGCAAGACGUCGCUGAAGGCCGUCUUUAGGGGUUUGCAGGCGUCGCCCACCACCGUGUCGGGACUCAAUCUCACCAUGCAUUUGACCAAUAAGGAGAAGAAGCAGAAAAUUAUGAGAUUAGGUAAGAAGAAGGAAAAGGAAAAGGAUACGGAGCCUCGCAGUCAAAAUGUCGAAGGCGUUUCAAGACUGAUAUGUUCUGCACGUGCUUCGCAUAAUACGCCCAUGAAAGUAUACAUCGAUGGUGUAGAAUACGUUGGGGUGAAAUUCUUCCAAUUGAGUUCCACCUGGCAAACUCACGUGAAAAGCCUGACUGUGGCAUUAGCCGGGGUGCCUCUAGCCAGUACCGAAUUGCACUGAGAGAUUCCUAUUACCAUAUCUACUGCCGGAUCGAUACAUAUAUUUAAAACAUAGACAUUAGUGAAUUGUAUACAUACAUAUUGUUUUUUUCCAUAAUUGAUGCUUUGCUUCCUUAUAAGAACGCUUCUAGUCACUAUACGGGGUCACUCAGAGAUUUCGUUCUUCUUAGUAAUGUUGCUAAAGUAUGUACGUGACGUUGUUACUCGAUUUUCUUCUUUUUUUUUUUAGUAUAAAUGAUUUUGAUUUGCACAUUUUUUAUAAACGAGUCGUUUAUACUAAAAAAAAAUAAUUGGUAACGGCAUUAAUCAAAAAGGAAGCAACUCUACUAUAAUUCAUUGCAGUCGAUUAGAUUAGUAACUGGAAAAAAUGCUUCUACUUAUUUAUUUAUGUACUUAUUUUUAUUUAGUAAUGAUAUUAGUACCGUCGUUCAGUAUUAACUAGCAUCCGAAAUUACUUGUAUACUUUCGCUUCGAGUUAAAUCACCAAAAAUUUAAAGACUGUUUUUUUUUAUUUAUUUAUUUUUCUACUAAAUUAUUUUUAGAUACAAAAACUAAUCGACUGCUAGAGACUUUGUAAAAGUUGACAAUAUUACAAAAAAAAACUUUGACGGCUCAAAAAACUAACAUAUGAAAGACUCUUAUUUAAAGAAUACUCUGUAUAUGUGAUAUAGUUUGUAGUAAGUAUGUAAAAUGAAAUAUCGAGUGCGCUUCGUGUUAUUUUUAUCGAAUAUAAAUUAUAUUUCGGAGGGACGAUCGAACUGUUUAUCUAAAUAGUCGAGCGCAUAGAUUAAUCGAGUUGCAUUACGAUCUAGUCGGAUGAAUUUGUGGAAUUACGCCGAACUAUUUAGAUAAAAGCCUCCUUGAAUUUCGAAGAAAACAAAUUUUUGAAUGAAAUCGCGGCCAAGCCGCGCCGAAUAAAUUGAUAUACGCGAAAUUACUUAUUGCUCGAUAUCGACGGUAUCAGUUUUAUUAGGUUUUAAGAUUUUUAAUGAUGAAAUGCGCGUUAUUUUUUUAAUUUAUAGAAAUGUUUUUUAAUAAAAAAAUUAUGUGAUAUAUUUAAUAUUCCUUGUUCGAUUGCGGUUUCCAUUCAUUUCAAAAAUUCCGUUUCCAUUGUGUCUAUUGUGAUUGUUGUUUAUUUAUCAAAUAAUAUUUAUCUAGCAUUUUCCAGGGGUUUGUGAAACCCGACUUUUUGUACUAGCUUUAUUCAGAAAAUGGUAGAUAAUACUGAUUGUUUUAUGUUCGUACUUCAAUAAGAAUAUUUAUGCAGUAAAUAGUCUCGAUGAUUAAUUAAUUCUUGUUGCGUUACGUAAUGACGAUAAUCAAAUUGCAAUACAGUUUCGAUACUCUAUUCGAAUUGAUUGUUGUAGUUUUUUUUUGUAUAAGAAAUACCUUUUAACAUAUUCUGUCUUGAUUCGCCUUAACUUGGAUGAAUUCCGUUGAAAGUUUUAUCAAAUUAUCGUAAUUAUAAGAAAAAUGUAAUCAACGAUGAACGAAUAGAAUAUAGCUAUUUUUGGGCAUUGAAAAUGAUGAGCUCGCUUAUCUAGAAUCAUAAUAUAUCAUUUUUUAUGUCCACGAUUUUAUUUUGUUAAAAUACUCGCUGAAUAAACAUAAGUAAUUUGAAAUGGAAUGCUUUCAGCUUUAGUAUUUUUUUGGUAUAAUACUAAGGCGGGUUUAAUUGAUAAUUAUUAUUGUUUAUCGAUCAAAUUAUUUUCAUGAAUUAAAUUUGAAAAUUUCGAGAUAUUUUCUAACUAUAGAGUUGGAAUAUGUACUUUUUAUCGGAUUGAAAAUCUGUGAUGAAUAAUUAUUGGAAAUAUAUUAUAAAUAAAAAAAGAGCCACAAAACUGUGAUUCUAAAGCAGCUCAUUCCAAAUUGAUGGGGUAUUCCUUUUAUCCGCUUGAUAAAUUCAAUUCCUUCGCAUAAGUUUGAAGCGAUAAAAUACGUACCUAUCAGAUUAAAUGUUUAAAUGUAUACUAAGUAGAUUAGAAUUUUCUGUUGUACAAUUGCAAUAACGAUUGAAAUAUUAUUGUUUAUAAAAAUGUAUACAUAAUACAU